UAAUCACACCUCACUACAAACGAGUUAGUACCUCAGUUCACAACAAUCAGAGAAACUAGCUAGGAUUGAAAACGAUGAAGCAACGACUCAGUCGACUUGUGCAACUAUGCUUAGCAACCUCAACCUGGCUAAUCCUAGUGACUUGCUCAAACCUAACCCCAACACCUUCACCAUGGCCAGAGCAAUUCCACGCGCUUCUGUACAUGAACACUUCCUCGGCCCAUCUCCAGCUCAGUGAUGUAUGGUACGACUGGCCUAAAGGCCGAAACGUCAACAUAUUUCAGAAGCAGCUAGGUGAGCUUCUGUAUGAUGUAGAGUGGAACAACGGCACGUCGUUCUACUACACCUUGGGUGAGGGAGGACAUUGCCAGGUUAUGGCGUUUGAAGUGGGUAUUCCUCGGCCUGAUUUUCUUGAUGGAGCAAACUACCUUGGGACUGAGGUCAUUGAUGGGUUUCUCUGCAAUGUGUGGGAGAAGGUGGAUUUCAUUUGGUACUAUGAGGAUGUUCAGACUAAGAGGCCAGUUCGUUGGGAUUUCUAUGAUGGAAUAACUAGUCACGUCAUGACAUUUGAGGUUGGUGCAGUCUUGCCGGAUUCAGUUACUCAAGCACCCGCGUACUGUUUCAAUCAAAACAGAAAUGCUGCUGCUGCAUAAACUCUUUAAUCUGUAGAUAGAUAGAAACUAAAUGUCCUAUAUUUGCUUAACGAUAUAAGUUUCACAUUCCUCACAGAUGUCCAUAUUGUCUGAUAUAUCAAGGGGAAAAAAAGUCACUUGUGCCCAUACAUUCGAACAGGAUUUUUUAUCCUUACUGUUAACUGAUGGUCUAAUUGGAUAGGCUAUGAACUAGGAUAUAUAUGAUGUAUAAAAUGAUCGAGCUUCCCUUCUAA